AUGGCAAAACGAGAUUUGACAUAUAAUACACCGAGGGAGAGAUAUAAUGACGACUAUGAAGUUGAAGAUCCGUUUACUCUGCCUAUAGAUGAGGAGAGUUCAUUUGAACUGAACGAACAAUGGUCCUCAAGUCAGCUGGAAGAUUAUGAAAGGAUUAACAGCCAUCUGGGCAAUCCAGUUUAUGACGUCAGUUUCAAAAAGUAUAAUGGAUACUACUCGAAAAAUCCUACUAAGACAUAUUCAAAUGAAUAUUCGCCAGACAAAAGUAAUGGUAUUCGCAACUCACCAGGAAUCAUCAAUAUUCAACCUUCUCAGAACAUUCAGGUGCCACUGGAGUACGACAGAUACCCAACUAUGACUGGAUCAAAGAUGAUUUCAACUACUUCGCUCACAUCGAACGUAUUCAAUUCUCAGAACAUUCCAAACCCAGACGACGAUUCGUCCACGUCAAAUAGAUCAAGUAAGCCGCUCUUAGUGUCAAAAGACUUUAGUCCCUUUGGUGGGUAUCCGACAACAUCAUUUCCUUUGCAUAUAGAUGAGAAAGAGCCAGAUGAUUAUUUACACAACCCUGAUCCUCUCAAGGAUGCAGCUUAUGAUAAAAACAGGUUUUUCUACGACUUGAAAAAUAUGGAUAGAAGGUCGAUGGGUGGGUUACUAGGCGUCGUAUUUUUAAUUGUGGCUGCAGUUGUUGUAUUCAUUUUGUUACCCAUAUUGACGUAUUCUGGUAUCACUGAGCCAUAUACUCCAGAGAGUUACGAAAUUUUGACUUCUUAUCGCUAUCCUUUAUUGAGCGCUAUUAGGACAGGCUUGGUUGAUCCAGAUACACCGGAAGAUGCAUUAACCAAAAAGACUUCCAAGGAUGCCACAUGGAAGUUGGUAUUCUCUGACGAAUUUAACGCAGCAGGUAGAACCUUCUACGAAGGUGAUGAUCAGUUUUUCCAAGCUGCAGACCUUUGGUACGGUGGUACUCAAGAUUUGGAAUACUAUGAUCCAGAUGCUGUGACGACUGCCAAUGGUACCUUGAACUUGAGAAUGGAUGCAUACAAGAAUCACGAUUUGUUUUACAGAUCUGGUAUGGUUCAAAGUUGGAAUAAAAUGUGUUUCACUCAAGGUUUCCUUGAAAUUUCUGCGAGGUUGCCUGGUUAUGGUAAUGCCACCGGAUUAUGGCCAGGUUUAUGGACCAUGGGUAAUUUAGGCCGCCCAGGAUACAUGGCCAGUACCGAGGGGUUGUGGCCAUAUACAUAUGACUCGUGUGAUGCCGGUAUCACAGCAAACCAAUCAUCCGCUGAUGGUAUUUCGUACUUGCCAGGUCAAAGAUUGAGCAAAUGUACCUGUUCAGGAGAGGAUCAUCCUAGUCCAGGUAAAGGAAGAGGUGCUCCAGAAUAUGAUGUUCUUGAGGGUGAAAUGGAUCUAGAACAAUUGAUUGGCGUUGCAUCACAAUCCAUGCAAAUUGCUCCCUUUGAUAUUUGGUAUUACCCUGAUUAUAAUUUUAUUUCCAUUUACAAUAAAUCAGUAACCACCAUUAAUACGUAUACUGGUGGUCCAUUGCAACAAGCUGUCUCUGGUACGACUGUAUUAAACCGAACCUGGUAUUCAGAAGGCGUGGGGCAAAAGUUCCAGACAUACGCAUACGAGUAUCUAAACGACGAUGAUGACGGGUACUUGACAUGGUAUGUGGGUAAUGACCCUACUGUGACCGUAGAAGCAGCUGCUUUGGGGCCCAAUGGAAAUAUAGGCCGCAGAUUAAUGUCAAAAGAGCCAAUGUCGAUGGUGAUGAAUUUUGGUAUUUCAAAUAGUUGGGCUCAAAUUGACUGGCUCUCUUUGAUUUUCCCUCUUACUAUGAGUAUUGAUCAUGUCCGAUUAUACCAGCCCCAAGACGCUAUCAACUUAACAUGUGAUCCCGAGGAUUAUCCAACGUCCAACUAUAUUCAAGCACAUCCAGAAGCAUAUCAAAACAAUAAUUUAACAUCAUGGGCGGAGACUAAAUAUGAUAAUCCUAAAAACUCUUUAGUACAUGGAUGUUAA